CCCUGAUUCAGUAAAGAGCGAAGACUUCCAGUGUCUCCCCCCAGGACUAUCCGCCAGCCCCUCUUCCUGGCAGCGACCAGGCUGAGCUCUCUGGAGUGAUCCACCUGUAAUUCCUCUCCUCUUCCCCACCACCCGCCUGCAGCUCUGCUCCUUUAUCAUCGUGUGUCUGUGCGGAAGAGCAGAAAGAAGAAACUAAAAAAAAAAGCACGUAAAAAAGCGCCGUAGAAAAGCAGAGCAAAUUAAGCAGAGCCCUGAUCUGCUCGGGUUUGUGCUUGCCAAAAAUGCACCAUGCAUCUUAAUUCGCUCUGCUGUUCAGCUCUCACACACUGCUCUCCUGGUGCCAUUUCGGCGCUCUCCGCUCAGCCUUUUCAACACUUCAUUCUUCUUCGGUAUGUGUGUGUGUGUGAUUGCAGAAUCUGCUGCCGCCGGUGCACAGGGGCGAAGGAGAUCCCCCCUUGGAGCUCUCCUGGCAGUCCCAAACCAUCCAGUGGGUCCCCGCUGCAUUUUUUCCAGCCGCCUCGAUUUUUGUGGGGGUGCAUUUUCUAGAAAGUGCUUCUUGGGCGCGCUCCAAUCUAUUUUACACCCAUUUCUGGGAGCUGCCUUUUAUCUCCCCGGGAUCCUUAGAAAAUACACGCGUAGAUAAAAAGGACCCGGAAUCCACACUGGGGGUAGGCUCCUCUGUUUCAGUGCAUGGCUUUCCUGCUGGCUAUUCGGAUUGCAGCAAAAAAAAUAAAAUAAAAAAGAGAAAAAAAAAAGUAAAAGCAGCAGAAGACAAUCUCCCCUCCCCCUCUUCUCAAUUGCAAUCCCAACUGGAACUUUUCCUCUUCUAGCCGGGAUGCCUUUCCUCAUCUCCAGUCCUCAGCUUUGAGAACAACCUCUUGUUUUUUUAAGUGGCGGGGGUGGGGUGGGGGGAUCCCUUUUAUUGCAGAGGGAAACACGCCGAGAGGGGAUCUCUUUGCAGGCUCUUGUGCAAUCUAGCGCUCUCGCUCUCUCUAUUUUUGCAUGCAUCUCCUGCUGCAGCAGAUCCAGCCAGCACGGGGGAGGGGAUGGAAAGGGUGCACCCUCCUCUCCUGAUCCUCUCUUCUGCCUCUGUGUGGUUUUUUUGCAGGUGUGUCAAUUUUAAUUCUGCCCAGUAGGUGGGACUUGGUGACUUUAGCACCAUUUGUGUGUGUGUGUGUGUGCUUCCUCCCCAUCUUCUAUUGCAAUCCUCAGAAGUCCCUCCGAGAGAGCGAGAGAGCGCCUGAUACCGAGAGCCAGCCUGCAAUCAACAAGGCACUAUGCAUUUCAGACCGCUACUGUAGGGGGAAUUACAGCUUCUCCUAGCCAGCUGCCAGCAUGAUUUCAUCUGCUGGAGGAUUUUUGCAUCUGAUCGUUUGAGUUUUUUUUUCCUCCCUCUGUCUUUGUUUCCUUCCUCUUCUCUCCCCCCACCCCCCUUUCCUCCUCCUCCUCCUCUUUUUUAGAAGCAGCAGUCGGAGAUGGAUGUCUCUCUUUGCCCUACCAAGUGCAGUUUCUGGAGGGUAUUUUUGCUCUGGAGCAUUUGGGGAGACUAUCUGCUUUCGGUGCUGGCUUGCCCUGCGAAUUGCCUUUGCAGCAAGAUAGACAUCAAUUGCAAGAAGCCGGAUGAUGGGAACCUCUUCCCUCUCUUGGAAGGGCAGGAUUCAGGCACCAGCAAUGGGAACACCAGCAUCAACAUCACUGACAUCUCAAGGAACAUCACUUCAAUACACAUAGAGAACUGGAAGAACUUGCAGACGCUGAAUGCUGUAGACAUGGAACUGUACACAGGACUCCAGAGGCUGACAAUCAGGAACUCAGGACUUCGCAGCAUCCAGCCGCGAGCCUUUGCCAAGAACCCUCAUCUGCGCUACAUAAACCUCUCGGAUAACCGGCUUACCACACUGUCAUGGCAACUCUUCCAGACACUGAGACUUUCUGAACUGACACUCGAAAGAAACCUUUUUAACUGCAGCUGUGACAUCCGCUGGAUUCAGCUCUGGCAGGAGAAGGGUGAAGCAAACCUGCAGAAACAGGAGCUGUACUGCAUGAACAUGGAAGCUGCUGUCAUUCCCCUGCAGGAGAUGAACAUCACUCAGUGUGAUCUGCCUGAGAUCAGCAUCAGCCACAUUAACCUGACUGUACGGGAAGGUGACAACGCGGUGAUCACCUGUAAUGGCUCAGGCGCACCGCUGCCUGACGUAGACUGGACAGUUGCAGAUCUGCACUCCAUCACUACUCACCAGACGAAUCUCAACUGGACUAACGUUCAUGCCAUCAAUUUGACCCUGGUGAACGUCACCAGUGAGGAUAACGGGUUCCUCCUGACAUGUAUUGCUGAGAACGUGGUGGGAAUGACCAAUGCCAGCGUGCUGCUCACGGUCUACUAUCCACCACGCAUUCAGAGCCUGGAGGAGCCAGAGCUGCGUUUGGAGCAUUGCAUUGAGUUUGUGGUGCAUGGGAACCCAGCACCCAACCUUCACUGGCUACACAAUGGCCAGGUCCUCAGGGAGACUGAGAUCAUCCGCAUGGAGUUCUACCAGGAGGGUGAAGUGUCUGAGGGCUGUCUACUCUUCAACAAGCCUACUCACUACAACAAUGGCAACUACACCCUCGUGGCCACCAACCAGCUGGGGACAGCCAACCAGACCAUCAAAGGGCACUUCCUCGAGAAGCCCUUUCCAGAGAGUACGGAUAACUUUGUCUCAAUUGGUGACUAUGAAGUGAGCCCCACCCCACCUAUCACCGUGACCCACAAACCAGAGGAGGAUACAUUUGGGGUAUCCAUAGCAGUUGGGCUUGCAGCUUUCGCCUGUGUCCUCUUGGUGGUGCUCUUUAUUAUGAUCAACAAGUAUGGUCGUCGGUCCAAGUUUGGGAUGAAAGGUCCCGUGGCAGUGAUCAGCGGGGAGGAGGAUUCUGCCAGCCCCCUCCAUCAUAUCAACCAUGGCAUCACCACACCCUCAUCGCUGGAUGCUGGCCCGGACACGGUGGUAAUCGGCAUGACCCGUAUCCCCGUCAUCGAGAACCCCCAGUACUUCAGGCAAGGCCACAACUGCCACAAGCCAGACACAUGUUUCAGAGAAAUUAUGUUGAAUCCAAUAAGCCUCCCUGGACAUUCCAAACCUCUUAACCAAGGCAUUUAUGUUGAGGAUGUCAGUGUUUAUUUCAGCAAAGGACGUCAUGGCUUUUAAAAACUCCUUAAAGGUCCCUGUUCUGAUGCCAAGUUUAUAGGCUGUGUCCUCAGAGCGGUGGGAAGCAGUGAGCGUGCUCUGUACGGAUCAAGGCCUUCUCCUAACAGGACUCUGCAGCCCUGCCAGUACACAUGUUAAAGCCAACCGAAACCUGUGGUUGUCUGUCACCAGAUAUCAGGGUUGUUCUUUUCCUCCAAUAGUUGCUGUGUUCGUUAAAUGUUCCUGCAAGGCCCCACAGCUGCGAUGACAGCAAAUAAAGAAAAUUUAAAGCCCAAUUUAAAGGAGUCAUCCUAAUGACACAGUAAAUAAUUGUACUUUUGCUUGAAACAACCAAAUUGAUACUGUUAGUCACGUCCUUCCUGCUUGGAGUUCUCCUUGUGAGCUUGUGUCUUCACAACACCCAACGAAUGCCGCCAUCACCUUUUCUUGUGGCAACGCCAUGGGAGGUCUCCCAGAGCGAGCGGAGAUGGGGGACCCUGGAAGACACUAAAGCAUAGCGAAGACUUUUGGUAAGAACAAAGGAAGCCCUCUGCUCCCAGUUUUUGCACAGAAAGUGAAGAUGGGCAGGAAUAAAAAUCUUACUUCUCUGAAAGGAGAGAAUGUGGUUAUUUUUGACAUACAACUGUCCUAGGAGGCUUUUUUCGUUUGUGUGUGUUAGAACAGCUCCUUGGCGCUGACCAUAUCAUUGUUGUGCUUUGGUCUCUCCCUACUGCUGGAAUGAUGAGCUUUAUCUGAAGAGUUUCCUGGACUUCCCACAUGGAUGGAACGUCAGUGGUAUAGGAUGGUUGGUGACCUUGCCGGGAGUAGGGCAGUAAGCCAAGGGAGAAAGCAUAUCAGAAACAUGCUGGCCCCAGUCAGUGAACCCAUGAGCCUUUUUUCCUUCCCUCCUUCCUCGCUGAGGUAGAGAUGUAGUGUAAUCCAGUCAUGUACACAGAACGAUCAGCUCAAGGCAGACAAACUGAAGGGGAUGAAAACAUUCGGUUGCUUCUUUGGUGGCAUAAACAGAAAUAUUGAUCCUGUUCUUUGGUCAAUAUUUGUAUGUUUUUUUCUCUUGCCUUAUUCCAUCCUCAGCCUCUCAGAUGGAAAAAUCAAACCUUUGAUCCUACCCUUAUGAGAAGAUAACUGCCUUUAAUGGCAACUCACAGUCUGGACUAGCCUGGGAUGAGUCUCUCCUUGGAUACUCUGGAGAGCGCAUGCAUGGGAAAGGAAGAUGUGCUCACAGACACCACUGAAAACCUAUAAAAUGAGGCAGGUUUUCAAGGAGGAGGAGGAAAACAAAGGAUCCAGGUUUGGUCAGAUCCCUUUCUGGCAGGAGUUGCAAACUAUGAGCUCCCUCACCAGUUGGUUAGCUUGCUUGCCUCCCCCCAUGGCCUGAGACAAUGUUUAUCAUCACCAGCCCUGAUAGGUUGCUGCCGUUGGGAAGCGAGAAGGUUCCCCCUCAGCCAGCAUUGAGCAGAAGUGUAAGAAUGGGAUGUUCCAUUGUCAUCCUACCCUUCACGAGUGUUGCGUGCGGAACAUUCCUAGAGAUUGCAGGAAUGUUCUCGAACUCCACACAGGGACGCUCCACUGAACAUUCCAUUCUCUUGCUUCUCUUACUGGUUCUCGUGCAUAAAAAUGUGAAGUAUAAUAGAAGAGAAAUGGUGGCAGUUUGUUUUAAAUUAAUGCAUACACAUGAAGGGGCAGCUGCAUUAGAAUUGGGAGAAUUCAGUGCGGAUCACAUAAGGACCCAAAAUCAAAACUUGAACUGAAGGGUAAUAUCCCAUGAAAUUUCCAGCUCAAAUUGGAGCAAGAGAGGUGGGAAAUGUACAAGGAGAUGACCUGUUGCUUUCAUUAUUUCCGCCUCGGUUUUGCAGAGAUUCAGAGAGUUAGGAGACACUUCAGAAAAGCAUGUUAGAGCUGGGUGCUUGUCCAAACUGAACUCUCCAUCUUCUGAAAUUUGCCCAUCCCAUUUGGGGAUAUCUUGUUCAGGAUGAACUGCUCAGCCUCAUGGUCCUUUCCCCUUGCACUGCUCAGGGGACUCUGCUUUCAACUGUAUGUGUCAGACUUAGAGAUGUGUGGACCUGACCCAGAACCUUGUCUCUAAACACCCUGUUGGAGGACAGUAGAAUUUCACAGCUCAGGCCCAUCUCUGCUCAGAAGCUGUCCUCCCUGACCAUAUGGAAAAAUUUAAAAUAGUUCUCCCCACUGUGAUUGAUGUCUCAGUUAUUUAAACACCAACUAAAAGUCUCUGGUUCCUCACUGCUGAAAAUGACAGCCAGUCGCAGUCAUUUGCAAUUGGUGGCUUUAAGUAGCAAAUCUAAGGAUUUUUCUUUUAAUUAUUGUAAAUCAUUACCUCAUUUCCUGUCAGUGAGAGUCCUCCAUUCCUGAGCAUUCUUAUCUUGCCAUAACUAUCAUCUUGUGCUAUGGAAAUGGGACAGUCCCUUUUUCACAGAGACUAUAGGGGUGUUCAAUGUCUAGUUUCUU